GUCCAAUCAGAGCAGUCGAGGACGACCCAUCAGAGACCAGACCCUGCUGAUCCUGAUCCUGGACCCAGCUGUGUGUCCUUUAAGAGCGACCGGUCACAUGAUUUUCUCAUUAACUUUAAAGGAGAUCAACCCUCUGCUGGAGAGAGACUGGACCAGGAGAGCUCAGAGGGUCCCAGUGGGUCCCAGUCCUCCCAGCAGCAUCAAACCCACCUGGACUCCAUCUUUAUGCUGCUGGAGGAGGACAUCGUCACUUUUGUGAAGAACGAGCUGAAGAAGAUCCAGAAGCUUCUGAGACCAGAUUACCCAGAAUGCCCAAAGAGUCAGAGGGAGGGUGAGGAUGAAGAGCAGAGGAGGAGCAGAGAGGCGUUUCUGAAGAUCACACUGCACUUCUUGAGGAGAAUGAAGCAGGACGAGCUGGCUGACCGUCUGCAGAGCAGGAGUCCAGCAGGAGUUUGUAAGCGUAAACUCAAAUCUAAGCUAGACAGGAAGUUCCAGCGUGUGUUUGAGGGGAUUGCUAAAGCAGGAAACCAAACCGUUCUGAAUCAGAUGUUCACAGAGAUCUACCUCAUGAAGGGAGGGGCUGCAGGGGACAAUGAUCAACAUGAGGUCAGACAGAUUGAAACAACAUCCUGGAAACCAGACAGACCAGAAACAACAAUCAGACAAGAAGACAUCUUUAAAACCCCACCUGGAAGAGAUGAACCAAUCAGAGCCGUGAUGACAACGGGAGUGGCUGUUCUGGAGGAUUUGUUGAAGACCAGAGGGGGAGAAAGGCUGCCCAAGACCCUGACUGAGAUAAACAAACCUGAACCAACACAGUUCUACCAGAGUGCUGUGGACAAGGCCUUACAGAGUCCCAAUGGACACCUGGACUUGUUCCUCCGCUUCCUCCUGGGUCUUUCUCUGCAGACCAAUCAGAAUCUCCUAAGAGGUCUGCUGACACAGACAGGAAGUAGCUCAGAGACCAAUCAGAAACAGUCAA